AUGCUGGAAAAUAUCAACGAUGAUGUUGAAUCUCGUUUAAACGAACUUGAACAUCUAUUAUUUAAUUCUUCCAUAAAAGAUCAAACUGUUCUUGGUGUUGAAGCUUUACUUGAUGCAUUUAUUGUACUUUAUGAUGAAUGUUGUAAUUCAACAUUACGAAGAGAAAAAACUAUAGCUGAAUUUAUAGAAUUUGCUAAAUCAUUUGUAUCACGUGUUAAACGAUGUCGAUUAAAUAGAAAUGAUUUCGAAACAAUUAAAAUUAUUGGUCGUGGAGCUUUUGGAGAAGUUGCUGUUGUAAAACUAAAAAAUACUGAUCGUGUAUUUGCAAUGAAAACAUUAAACAAAUGGGAAAUGUUAAAACGAGCUGAUACAGCUUGUUUUCGUGAAGAACGUGAUGUACUUGUCUUUGGUGAUCCACAUUGGUUAACUAAAUUACAUUAUGCAUUUCAAGAUGGAGAAAAUUUGUAUUUUAUUAUGGAUUAUUAUUUUGGUGGUGAUUUACUUACAUUAUUAUCAAAAUUUGAUGAUCAUUUUUCUGAAGAAAUGACUAGAUUUUAUGUUGCAGAAAUGGUCUUAGCUAUUGAUUCACUUCAUAAACUUGGUUAUGUUCAUCGGGAUAUUAAACCUGAUAAUGUGUUACUUGAUGGAGAAGGACAUAUUCGUUUAGCUGAUUUUGGUUCAUGUUUACGAAUGCGAUCGGAUGGAACAGUACAAAGUAAUGUUGCUGUUGGUACACCAGAUUAUAUAUCACCUGAAAUCUUACGUGCAAUGGAAGCUGGUCAAGGUCGUUAUGGACCUGAAUGUGAUUGGUGGAGUUUAGGAUGUGCUAUGUGGGAAAUGUUAUUUGGUUUACCACCAUUUUAUGCUGAAAGUCUUCUUGAAACUUAUGGAAAAAUAAUGAUGCAUGUACAAAAAGAGCUUGCACUUCCAUUUCCAAAUGAUAUUGAAGUAUCGGAUAGUGCAAAAGAUUUAUUACAACAUCUUCUUUGUUCAAUUGAUAUUCGUCUAGGAAAAAAUGGUUUAGAUGAUUUUAAAAAUCAUCCAUUUUUUAUUUCAAUUGAUUGGAAAAAUCUUCGACAAGCUACAGCUCCAUAUAUUCCUAUUGUGAACAGUCCGAGUGAUACAUCGAAUUUUGAUGUUGAUGAUAUUGAACCAUCAAAUAAGAAUGUUAAAAAGGAUGUUGUUCCACCUGUAUCACAAGCAGCAUUUACUGGACAUCAUUUACCUUUUAUUGGUUUUACUCAUUCGGCUAAUAAUCGUUAUUCUGAUGGUGCUAAAACAAUAACUAUACAUCCAAAUUCAACAAUAAUUGUUCCAAUAUCUUCAUCUGAUAUUUGUGAUUCAACUAAAUCCACAAUAAAUAUUGAAUAUGAAGAAAUAAUAAAUUCAAUGAAACUUCAACAUACAUCAUUACUUGAUGAAUUAAAACGUUUACGUGAAGUAUAUGAACAAACAAAAACGGAUUCACUUGAACAAAUUCAUCAAAUAAAAAUACUUGAAAAUUAUUAUACAAAUCAAUAUGAAUUAAUUACAAAUGAACAAAUACAAUAUUUAAUUAAAAUAUUAAAUUUAUUUCAAAAUCUUCGUGGUUUAAAUGAAGAAAAUUUAACAUCAUUAGAUGAUAUUAAAAAUCAAUUAAAUCAACAUUUAUUAUUUUUUUCAACAAUUGAUAAAACAUAUUUAUUAAAUAAUCAAAAUAAUAAUCAAAAUAAUAAUGAUAAACAAUUAAUAUUAAAACCACAAAUAAAUAAUUUUUCAUUAUUUUUAACAAAAUUUGAACAAAAAUUUUAUAAUUUAUUUAAUAAUAAUAAUAAUAAUAAUCAAACAAUAGAAUUAGAUGAUACAAUUGAAAAUGAUAAUGAUGAUGAAUUAGAUUUAAUAACAAAUGAUGAUUUAUUAUUAAAAAAAUUUUCAUUAUUUUUAAAUGAUAUAUAUGAUAAAAUAAAAAUUAUUUUACGUGAUAAAUAUGAAAUUGAUGAAAAAUUAUUAUUUUUAGAAGAAAAACGUUUAACUUAUUCACGUUGGGAAACACAAAUGUAUGAUAUACUUAAAUGGAUUAAUGAAGAAAAAUCAGCUAGAUCACAUUUAAAAGGUUUAGCUAAUAAAAUGGCUGAAGAACUUGAUCAAAUACGUGAAACAACAAGUCCUUUAUUAACUAUUGGAAGUACAUCAUCAUCAUUGACAACAACAGGAACAACACUUUCACAUAAUACAGUUAGUUAA